GACAACCCAGCCCGUCUCAAGACCGUUUGUUGAGUGCACCCAGCAAAAGUAGUCAAAAUGGCCUUCCACAAGCUUGUCAAGAACAGCGCGUACUACAGUCGCUUCCAGACCAAGUACAAGCGCAGAAGAGAGGGCAAGACCGACUACUAUGCCCGCAAGCGCCUCAUCACCCAGGCCAAGAACAAGUACAAUGCUCCCAAGUACCGCCUGGUUGUCCGCUUCACCAACCGCGACAUCAUCCUCCAGAUUGUGAGCUCCGAGAUCACCGGCGACAAGGUCUUCGCCGCCGCCUACUCCCACGAGCUCAAGGCCUACGGCAUUGAGCACGGUCUCACCAACUGGGCUGCUGCCUACGCCACCGGUCUCCUCCUCGCCCGCCGUGUCCUCAAGAAGCUCGGCCUCGACGAGACCUUCAAGGGUGUUGAGGAGGCUGACGGUGAGUACAAGCUCACCGAGGCCGCCGAGACUGACGAUGGCGAGCGCCGCCCCUUCAAGGCCUUCCUUGAUGUCGGUCUUGCCCGCACCUCUACCGGUGCCCGUGUCUUCGGUGCCAUGAAGGGUGCCUCCGACGGCGGUAUCUUCAUCCCCCACUCCGAGAACCGUUUCCCCGGUUUCGACAUGGAGUCCGAGGAGCUCGAUGCCGAGACCCUCAAGAAGUACAUCUUCGGCGGUCACGUCGCUGAGUACAUGGAGACCCUCGCCGACGACGAUGAGGAGCGCUACAAGUCCCAGUUCAACCGCUACAUUGAGGACGACCUUGAGGCUGAUGGCCUUGAGGACCUCUACGCUGAGGCCCACGCCGCCAUCCGCGAGGACCCCUUCAAGAAGGCCGAGUCCGAGGCUCCCCAGAAGACCAAGGAGGAGUGGAAGGCCGAGUCCCUCAAGUACAAGAAGUCCAAGCUCACCCGCGAGCAGCGCGCUGCUGGUGUCCAGGAGCGCAUUGCCGCUCUCCGCUCGGAGUAAAUUGGAAGUUGUUAUGGACUUUGCUAGGGGUUGAACAACCUUUUGGGAGGAAACAGGUUCUGUUCAUUCGAUGCGCAUGGGUGCGAAAUCAUCUGGGUCAUGGGGAUGACAUGGUCUCUCAAAAGGGUUCAUUUAAAAGCCAAUCAACUUUCUUCUGUCUUGAGCAAAAAGCAUUACCCGGCGUUUCGU